GACCUUCGUUUUUUUUUUCUCAGAGAUUAGAGAAAACUCCGAUAAGCAAUUUCUCAAUCUCGUCGUAGAUCGAACUUUUCCAGGAAAAAAGAGGAGAAUUUAGGGUCAAAAUCUUCAAUCUUUGGUGUUUUUUUUCUCAAGAAAUUUUUGGAAACAAAUUCCACGAAGAAGAUGAGUUUUCAAGAUUUAGAAUCGGGAAAAGGAAGAUCGACGAGGAAGAACAAUGGUAAUCGACAAGAUUCGACACAAGCCGUUGCUUCUGGAAUUUUCCAGAUCAAUACCGGAGUCUCCACGUUUCAGCGACUCGUUAACACACUUGGUACUCCUAAAGAUACACCGGAGCUCCGGGAGAAGCUGCACAAGACAAGAUUGCAUAUUGGACAGCUUGUGAAGGAUACUUCAGCUAAACUUAAAAUAGCUAGUGAAACUGAUCAUCAAAGUGGUGUCAAUCCAAGUAAGAAGAUUGCAGAUGCUAAGCUUGCAAGGGACUUUCAAGCUGUUUUAAAAGAGUUUCAGAAAGCUCAACAAACCGCUGCUGAAAGAGAAACCACUUAUACUCCUUUCGUGCCUCAAUCUGCUCUUCCCUCUAGUUAUACGGCGGGUGAGGUAGAUAAGGUCCCGGAACAGCGGGCACAACUUCAGGAGUCAAAGAGGCAGGAACUUGUAUUGUUAGACAACGAGAUUGCAUUCAAUGAAGCUGUGAUCGAAGAAAGAGAGCAAGGAAUACAAGAAAUCCAUCAUCAGAUUGGCGAGGUUAACGAGAUAUUCAAAGAUCUUGCGGUUCUGGUUAAUGAUCAAGGAGUCAUGAUAGAUGAUAUCGGUACUCACAUUGACAACUCCCGCGCUGCAACUUCACAAGGAAAAUCUCAGCUGGCGCAAGCCGCAAAAACACAAAGAUCAAACUCAUCUCUGACAUGCUUGCUCUUGGUGAUAUUUGGCAUUGUUCUCCUGAUCGUGAUUAUCGUACUCGCGGCUUGAUUUCGAAAGAGCAAGAACAAAUCGCUUGGAUGUGU